UUCUCAUCACUGCGAGAAUGCACGUUGGUUGUGUAAUGCAACAAAAAUCGUAUUUAAGCGUAAAGGUUGUAAAUUAUUUUUAGAAGCUUAGUAAAACAAAAUUCGUUCCCACGCGAACAGAAGUUGAACAUUAAUUCACAAUGGAAUGGAAUCAGCAAAUGUGAAACAAUAAAAAUGAUAAAUUUACUAGUGCAAAAUAAAGUGCAGAUAAUCAUUUCUAUUAAAAUAACUUAAUUGUGAAAGUGGGAAGGUGAUCAAAGAUGCAUUUACACUUUGAGAAAAAUUCAAAUACAAAAUGUGAUUGCACGAUAUUGUCGCUGUCGUGGAUGGGGAAGGUCCCUGAAGAUAUUCCAGAAGUAAGUAUAUAUAGGAUUAUUUGGG